CCCACGCGGCACCCGGGGAGCCACGCCGGCGACUAGAUCUGCGGUGCGGGCUUAGGCACGCAGUCCCAAAGCACCCACGCCAGGGCCGGACGGGUCUAGGGCGGUAUCCGGGGCCCUGGCUCCCUCCCUAAGUCCUGCGAAGGGAGGCGCACAGACCCUGUGCGCUCCGAGUGCGCGUGACGUCCACGUCCCGGGCUGCGCGGCCCGAGCCUGUCCGGAUGGCCGUUUGGACACUCGGAGGCCGUGUCCACUUCCGAGGCCCUGGGCGCCCGGCGCCGCAGCUUGCGGGUCCUGCACAGCCGCCUGCGGGGCGGAGCUCCAGGGCGCACUGAGCGCCUCGGGCCGGGCAGGGGCGUGGCGGGCCCGGCAGGGGGCGCUGCGGAUCCCAGCGCCCCGGCGGCCUGCGCGCGCGCCACCGUCGCCUGCACUCCCGCCAGGAGGAGCUGGCUGCCGUGGAGAACCCUCCGCGCAGCAACGGAGGCCGGGACCGUAGGCGGCUGUCAGGAAAGAGAGCUCAGUACAAACCGAGUGACUAGGUGGCGAGUGCUGUGAAGCAUGCUUUGAUGAGGGUCCUUGACAGCGAGCAGUACACGGAAUCCUGCCUCAGUGGUCUACAGAAUCGCGCCUGAAGCUGAGUCCUGUUCCGGUUUGUACUGGAACCUGUUGUCAUCCUUUACCUAAUUCUCCCACGGACAGCCGAUGUGGCAGUUGUUCCCAGAGUCUCAGAGUAACUUCUAAAGCACUGUUUGCAUGGGCGAGUGUUUUCCUGGAGGAGACUAACCUCUGCUGUGGUUCUCCAGCACGGAGCUGUCAGAGCUCUGAAGCAGGAUGUGUUCCGGAUUGGAGGUGAAACCAUGAAGAGAAAGUAGAACGGAUAAUAAUGCUUUACCGCAAUCGCUUCCUGGUGCUGCUGGCCCUGGCUGGGCUGCUGGCUUUCCUGAGCCUCAGCCUGCAGUUCUUCCACCUGAUCCCAGUGUCCACGACCAAGAAUGGAGGAAGCAGCAAGAGUCGGAAGAGGAUCAUGCCUGAUCCAGUGACAGAGCCCCCCACAGUAGACCCUGUUUAUGAAGCUCUUCUGUACUGCAACAUUCCGAGUGUGGCCGAGCGCAGCAUGGAAGGUCAUGCUGCGCAUCAUUAUAAGCUGGUCUCAGUUCACGUGUUCAUUCGCCACGGGGACAGGUACCCACUGUAUGCCAUUCCCAAAACCAAGCGACCAGAAAUUGACUGCACUCUAGUGGCUAGCAGGAAACCCUACCACCCUAAACUGGAAGCUUUCGUCAGUCACAUGUCAAAAGGAUCCAGUGCCUCCUUUGAAAGCCCCUUAAAUUCCCUGCCUCUUUACCCUAACCAUGCUCUGUGUGAGAUGGGAGAGCUCACGCAGACAGGAGUCGUACAGCAUCUGCAGAAUGGCCAGCUGCUGAGGGACAUCUACCUGAGGAAACACAAACUUCUGCCAAACAACUGGUCCUCAGAACAGCUCUACCUAGAGACCACCGGCAAGAGCCGCACCCUCCAGAGCGGGCUAGCCUUGCUCUACGGCUUCCUCCCAGACUUUGACUGGAAGAAGAUUUAUUUCAAGCACCAGCCAAGUGCCCUGUUCUGUUCAGGAAGCUGCUACUGCCCACUGAGAAACCAGUAUCUGGAGAAGGAGCAGCGACGGCAGUACCUCCUGCGUCUGAAGAACAGUGACCUAGAGCGGACCUACGGGGAGAUGGCCAAGAUCGUGGACAUCCCCACCAAGCAGCUCCGGGCGGCCAACCCCAUUGACUCCAUGCUCUGCCACUUUUGCCACAACAUCAGCUUCCCCUGCAGCAGAAGUGGCUGCCUUGGCAUGGAGCAUUUCAAGGUGAUCAAGACGCACCAGAUAGAGGAUGAGCACGAGAGGCACGAGAAGCCCCUGUACUUUGGGUAUUCGCUACUCGGGGCACACCCCAUCCUAAAUCAGACGGUCAACCGGAUGCUGCAUGCUGCUGCAGGCUGGAAGGACGAGCUGUUCACCCUCUACUCUGCUCACGACGUCACUCUGUCCCCCAUCCUCAGUGCCUUGGGGCUUUUGGAAGCCAGGUUCCCAAGGUUCGCCGCCAGGCUGAUCUUUGAGCUCUGGCAAGACCGUCAAAAGCCCAGUGAACAUUCCGUCCGGAUUCUUUAUAAUGGGGCUGACGUCACCUUCCACACCUCCUUCUGCCACGACUUCCACAAGCAUUCUCCCAAGCCCAUGUGUCCUCUUGAGAACCUGGUUCGCUUUGUCAAAAGGGAUAUGUUUGUAGCCCUGGAUGGCAGUAGCACUAAUUAUUAUGAUGCGUGUCAUGGGGAAGGGGCCUAAAAGGUGUUUAGCACAGUGCUGUUUUCUUGCUGGUUCUGUCCGUUGCUAAAUCACAGUGUGGAGUUCUAAUGGAUGUAGAUUAAGUCGGGAGAUCAUGCCCGUGGUUUCGGACAAACAGGAAGCACACAACAGUAUGUUACUUGGUACAAAAUAGCCGCUUCACAGAGAAAAAAAGGCCCACUAUUAUAGCUGUGUGCAGCUUAGAAUGCCAGCGUCGGAUUCAGUACUCAGAGUUGCCAGUCCAAGCACAUAUGUGUUUGGGCCUGCCAUGGAACCAGCAAAGCUCUGCCAACAUUUUCUUAAUCUCGGAACAUUUACCUUAACCUUGCUGAGUGGAGAUUUUCCCAAAGUGACGAGUUCAAAGCAGGGGCGGCAGCCUUUCUAUGAAGGGACCAGAAGGUCAGUAUCUUCGACUCUGCAGACCUAAAGGUCACCCAGAGUCUCUGUCGCAUCUUCUCAGCUGUGCUCUGGUGACGUGGCGACACAUAAACAGGUGUGUGUGUGACUAUGUUCCACAGACCAAACUAAGUAGGUGGCAGCCAGCUCUGGCUCUCAGGCUGUUUGCUGACCCCUGACCUUUAAAAACAGCCUGUUUGUUACCACUGCCCUUCUGGCACUUUCAGAACCAGCUGGAUACCAAGUUGUGCAGCAGGUCCUGCUAUAGCUUCUGCUGGAAACACAGCCUGGAGUCUCUGGCUGACGUGGUGACAGACUGAUGGGGAAGUAGACAGCGGGUCAGAAGGCUCCUGGGAAAUGGUUACAGUACUUGAUGCUCAUGACCGUGGCACAAAAUAGCUUUAAGUGUGUUCUAGGUAUUUGUCUGCUGUAGGCUAUUGGCUUCAGAUGCUGGGAUUUUUGUAUUCCACUUAGUAUUUUUAUAGUCUAGGAAAAUAUUUUCUGAGACCAAUUUUAGCUGUGUCCUUAUCCCUAUAGAAAUAUCCAAUUCGCUGCACCUGCUUGGUGGCUGGAAGGAGGCCAAACACUGAAUCGGGACACUUUUUCCCCCUCCAAAAAUAAAUAACUAAUGACUCAUUUCCUUUGACAAGCUGUAGAAUCGGGUCCAUUUUUAGACCAUUUUCAUCAAUUUCAAAUGCCAAGUUCCAAUUGAUUUUUAAAGAGGUUUCUAGGGGAAAAAAAAAACAACUUUGUUACUUGGUAGUUAAAUAAUCUUUCUAGAGUAUUUUCUAUAUUGAGCGCGAUUACAACUAAGUUCGUGAUUUCUAGGAUAUCGGUGCUAGUUCGUCCCAAGACCUGGUCCAUGCACGUGGGAUUCUCCAGCAUCUUGCAUUCCUGCCCUUUCUCUUCCUUUUUGUCUGGUGUUGCAUUUGAAAAUGUUUUGUUUGUAGAAAUAAAAAUUUUGGAGAAUUCUUAGCCUAUACUACCACGGUGUGUAUCUGUGAGUCACUCAAGUUCUUUACAAGAGAGAAACCGGGUUUUUACAUUUUACUUUGUUCAGUGCUAGAAAUUGUGAGCUCAUUUUCCUCCUCUUUCUCUUAUUUAAAGCCUGUUCGGGUUUCUUUUUCCCCCACUCAUAAGCUGUCAGAUUUAGAAUUGCUAAACACAGCUUGAAGAUUUAAAAAUAAAAGAGGGAAUUUUAAAAACACCAAUUCAUGGUGUCUAUUGGUAAGAGUGGUGUAAGAGCCAGCAUCCAAAUGUAUAGGUGAAGGUUUUACCUCCUAAGACAUGGGCAAUGCAAAGGACAGAAUUCUGAAAUCCUUCAUUCCACGGCGGAUUAAUUUUAAUACAAAAUAUGAAGCUAAAUGUAUACAAAGACCUUGUAUUCUUAGACAUGGAUGCAUUCCAGUUCUGUCCUGAGAUAUGUCCCUAUGGUGUCAGAUCCCUCGGUUGAGUACCCCAAACUGUCCCACAUAACUGCACUUCACUUGCCAGGAUUUACCUGUGCCUCUGACCAACCAGCCAUAAAUUGGGGUCUACCUGCCCAUCCCUUGGGCUGCUUCAGGGAAACACCAGUUUAUUGCCGGGGAUAGUGCUGAAGAAGAGUUGCAUGUGGUGUGGGGUGGGGUACAGAACUUCCACUACUGUCCUGCUGGGCCACGGUCCAUUUACUUCCUGUGUCCAGCUGCUCGGUUCUCCAAACCCUGCUCAUUUGAGUUUUUAAUGAAGAUUUCAUCGUAUAGACGUA